AUGGGUCACUGCUGUUCUAAAACAGACAAAAAUGAAAUCGCUGAGCCUUCUCAGGUUCCUCAGAAUAAUGCAAAUGCAGGCUUUGGCCCAGUAGACCCUUCACAAAUUGAAAAUCUUUCAAAUGGACGAAAUAAUGGAAAUCGGCCGAUUAAAAGGCACAGAGAUAGAGAUCAAGACCCCGAAAUAUUAUUUGACGAAAACAACGCACAUGGAGGCGCAGAUAAAGAGAAUUUCCCUGAAUAUUAUACUGAGAACUGCACAAUUUCAGGAGCAUGGUCAUACAAGCUCGACUCAGAGCAAACAGAAUUUCCACAAGAAAUUCAAGAUCAAAUAGAAAAAGCAUUUUUACGUGGAGAUCCCAAAACUGCAUUUAAAUUGCACGAUGAAGACGCAGAAGUUGUUUUUGCUGACGAUAAUUUAAUUAUUCACAAUUCAGCUGAAACAUCAGUUCAUCAUAUAGAAAGAACGCCAUUGAGAAAAGAAAUAUAUGGGUGGAUAUGCACUGAUAAAACUAUGAGGCCUAUUAUAAAAGAAAUAGAAGAUAUGCUAGGCUUUACAGGGGGAGUUUUUUCGUUCCAGCUUGAUGGAAAACCUUAUCAAGUUAAUAUCCCUAAGCAAGCUUUAUAUGAUAUGGAUUCAAAAAGGAAAAGAAAAAUAGUCUUACUUUAA